UGGUAGUUUAAUAAAACGUCAUGAUCUUUCAAAUUAAAUUGAGGUUCAGAUAAACAACAGAUUUAAAUGAAUACAGGGCCUCGUCCACCUGAAUUUUUACAUUUUUGAAUUUGUGUAUUUUAAUAACGCGACAACAAGGUGUUAAGGGACGUUUUAAUAAAAAGGAACACACGCGAAUGUGUGUUUCUCACCGGGGCCAUUUUUGCGGCGGACUGUCAACAAAGAAAAUGGCGGCGGCGGUUCGUUCGUCGCUGCACAGAAGCUGAACUGUCACAGAUGGAAGGUGGAAGCUCGUGUCGCUGAUAAAGAAGUUCUAAGGUGGUCCAAGCUGCUGGAGGCUGAACACAGAGCAGCAGCAGCAGUGUGACGUCAUGGUGCUGAAGAUCUUCUUCCCUCAGUGCUGUAACCGGGCGGACAGCGGGCUGCUGGUGGGCCGCUGGAUCGACGGCCAUGACUCAGCCGUGGUGCUGGCGGUCGUCCACUACCCGUUCAUCCCGGGACAGGUCAAACUGUACAUCCAGCAGAUGCAGGCUCAGAGCGGGGUGGAGCUGACGGUGCUCGGCUCGUGGAGUUUGCCCAAAGACGGUCAGGAGGGCAUGGAGAGCUUCCUCCGAGACCUCAGCACCAUCUUCCCCCAGGAGCGCUGGCUCCAGAUCAGUCGGGAGACGGGCAAGACGGGCUUCAGCUGCGACAUCCUGGAUCAGAAUGGAGUCGCUCUGCAGAAGGUGAAAAAGAAGGAGAAAAGUGAUGGUGAAGAGGAGGCGGAUGAUGAGGAAGAGGAGGAGAAGGUGAUCUUUGUCCACUACGAGCAGAGGAAGGUGAUGCUGUCGCAGCUUCACCCCGUCGAGAACGGAGUUCCUGACUCUGAAACCGCUCCACCGUCCGAGCUGAGACAGAUGUUCCGGACCGUGGCCCGCAGCCAGCCGCUGUUCUUCCUGGACCGAUACGACGACGGGCCACUCAAGUCGACGCACUGGCAGUCAGAGGGUCGAGAGGGCAGCAUCAUCGUGGAGCUGCUCAAACAGGCGACGGUGCCGCUCUGCCUGCUCGUCGGCUGGCUGCUGUCGCUGUGGACGUGGUUCUGCAACGUCCGUGUCUUCAGUCUGUUGCCGUUUCGCUUCCUGAGCAGCAAACUGUCCUCGUGUGUCCAGCUGAGCUACAGAACCGAACACGUGAGGACGCUCAGCUCAUCCCGACCGGCCGCUGGACACACAGAGUUCAUGAGGAAAGCAAACAUUGUGGUGUCACUGCUCGUGGACGUGGCUCUCGGCCUGUUGCUCAUCUCGUGGCUCUACAGAGACAACCACAUCACCAUGGUGGCCAACACGCUGGUGCCCGCCGCUGACCGAGUGGCAAAGGAGCUGGAGGAUCUGCUGCAGUGGCUGAUGGGAGCUCCCGCCGGCCUGAAGAUGAACCGGGCCCUGGACCAGGUCCUGGGACGAUUCUUCCUCUACCACAUUCACCUGUGGAUCAGCUACAUCCACCUGAUGUCUCCCUUCGUCGAGCGGAUCCUCUGGUACGGCGGACUGUCGGCUUGCCUGGGCCUGACCUUUGCCCUGUCGCUGCUCUCAGACAUGGUGGCGCUGCUCACCUUCCACAUCUACUGCUUCUACGUCUACGGAGCCAGGCUGUACUGUCUGAAGAUCUACGGCCUCUCGUCUCUCUGGAGACUCUUCAGAGGGAAGAAGUGGAACGUUCUGCGACAGAGAGUCGACUCCUGCUCCUACGACCUGGACCAGCUGUUCAUCGGGACGCUGCUCUUCACCGUGCUGCUCUUCCUGCUUCCCACCACGGCUCUUUACUACCUGGUCUUCACUCUGCUGCGUCUGGUGGUGGUGCUCGUCCAGGGCGUCGUCCACCUCACUGUGGAUUUCAUCAACUCCUUCCCGCUGUUCGCCGUCUGCCUCCGCAUCUGUCGACCGUACAGACUGGCAGAAGGCGUAAAGUUCCGGGUGCUGUGUGAAGAGCCCGGGACGGCGCUUCACCUGCUGAUGGAGAUGAAUCCUCUGAAGUGCAACACCGUGGUUCACACCUACCGCAUGCCGACGUACAGCUGCUACCCCAAAGACUCAUGGAUGGGGCUCGUCAAGAAACUGUUUGUCGGGGAACUGGUUUACCCCUGGAGACACAAGAACACCAAGACUGACUGAGACACUCCAGACAUAGAUACAGAUAUGAGAGGGAGGGGAGAGAGUAGAGUAGAGCUGCAACACUUAAUCGAUUAAACGAUUAGUAACAGACAACUAAAUUAAACGCCGACUAUUUUGAUAGUCGAUUAAUCGGUUCAAGUUAUUUUUAUGAAAAAAAAGUCAAAAUUCACUGAUUUAAGCUUCUUACAUGUGAAUAUUUUCUGGUUUCUUUGCUCCUCUGUGACAGUAAACU